AAUUUGUUCGUUUGAACGUUGACUUUGUAGCCAGAUCAUCUACUCAAACAAGUGACCUUCUAGGACUGGAGGGUGGAUGGGCAAAGCGUUUCGAUUCAACUGCAAAGAUAUUGAAUAUUGAGGAAACUUCAGUCGGGUUUACUGACUGCGGUUGUUACAUUCCUAACAUUGCGGACAUAGUAGUGUUGUGGGAGCUUCAGUCGGGUUUACUGAUUGCGGUAGUUAAUGACAAAGCAGAUUGGUCUUGUAUCAUCGAAAGAUGGCAUAUGAUGCAAAUUUCAGGAAAUUGUCGUGAAAAAACCUACACUUUGUAUUCAAACGUGAACGAAAACUUUGGAAAUAAAUUGUUGGAAAACGAGAAAAAAUCAGAAAUUGACGCCAAUGACUCUACUUGUGCAAAAACUACGAAACGACUUCUAGAUGUUGCAAAGAAAGCCCCCCGAAACAAUUUAAAUUUUAUAGAAAACGAUUCCAACAACCCUUUCAUUGCAUCUGGAAUAACCGAUGAGAACAACUUGAAUGGGCUUUUUACAACACCUGGCGGGAACGAUUCAGAUAAGUCCUAUUAUCCCGGUUCGGAUGAACCAGAUGAUGAUACUUUCAUUGAGAUAAAAAAGAAGAGAAAUAAUUAUACCUAUGACUGGUUUACUGGACCAGGUGUUAUGAAAUCUUCAUUAAGUGAGGGUGCAAAAAAGUGGAUUAUCGACACACUCGACGUUUCGAAUUUAUUACUAGAAUAUCGUGAUAUGUCAGUUCAACGAGCUUCUGAGAAUAAGAUUGAAGAAGUUGCUGAAAUACUUUCAUUGAAUCAUAUAUUUUUAUUCGAACAAAAUGCGACGAUUGGGGUUUCUUCAAUGAUCGAACCGGAAUCAUUAAAUGUUAUUUUCGAUACUAUCAAAAAUGAAUUUGCUCCAUAUCAUUUAUCGAAUGAUGAUGUUUUACGGUGUCAUAAAAUGGCACAAAUCGCAAGUGAAGAUUUUAGAAAAUGCAAGCCAUUAUUGAGAAAAUGGCAAAAGGAUCUUGACGAUGAUCAAGAAGAUUUAAUUCUAGAAACGUUCGAGUCAAUGCAAGAUUUAAAAGAAGAUUCCUUUGUGCAUGAAGUUUUUGAAUCUGUGAUCAGGCCAUUUUUCCGCAACAUUAAUUUUAAAUGUGAAUGGUCAACCGACGUCUUGGAAGCGUCUGUACAUCGGAAACGUAAAUUUGACCCUAUAUUACAGGGACGAAAAGCUGAUUUUUCAGUAUAUUUGCCUAUUAGAGGUAAUAAAUUCUAUUUGUUGGCCUCGGAAAUAAAGUCUGCCGAUUUUAUUUUAUCAAAUGGAAAUAAAAUCGCUUUGGAAGACUGUGAUUUGGUAAAAUUAGGCAACGAAAUGAAGGAUAUAAUUGACAAAUGUAUUGAUGAUGGAGUAAAAAGUAAUGAUUUAAUAAUUUGUGGUUUAUUGGUGGAAGGUUUUCAAUGUCGUUUAUUUGUUAUGGAUUUAAAAUAUGAAGCCAUAUAUCGGAUGAUUCUUUUGGGGAAAUUUUAUCUCCCUCGAGAUAGUUCUGAUUUUGGCGUACUUCCUACUUCAAUAGAACGCCUUAUGCAAAUCAAAGUUAACUAUAAUGACCCAUUCCACCGAAAUCUGCAAAAAAAUAUUCACUUAUCUAAACGUGAAAAAAUUCAAAGCAACGUGAUUUCAAUUAAUGAAAUGAUGCGACCAUCUUUUCAUACACCAAUAAAGGUUCCCCAGAAUAAAUUA